ACAGGCUCGACUGAUGGAUAUUGUCCGGCCCCUGGUAACGUCGGAGGACUACGUGGUCCAAAAAUACACCAAGUCACACCCCUUCAAGGCCAUGGGCAGAGUGAACCACGUUAAGGAGGCGGUGGCGAUGGAGGACCUGGUGCAGUUUCAGACCCGCUGUGAGGAGCUGGCGGAUGAGAACGUCGACACCAUCUUCACCGACCAAGUCGUCUACGGCAUCGUGAACAGAAAUGAUGUCCUCGACAUGGUCGAGGACCACAUCAAGCACAACGUCGUCCGGGUGCCGGCUGCAGGCGGCUCUGGGAAGGGCGCUUACCUCCAACAGGCGGUGGGCAUCCCGCAAGGCUCGGUGCUCUCCGGCCUCCUGUGCAACUAUUUCUUUGGCCACAUCGAAAAACGCCUCCUGGGCGACGUUCUCGACGGCGGCGUCCCUGAGCGGCCCCACCUCCCGCCCGGCGGCGGCGGAGCGCGAGGACUGUCAUCGAGAGCGGUUGGGCUCGAGAGUCGUAGCGACGGUAUUGGUGCCGGUAGUGGUGGUCAAGACGAAGGCGCUGCAUCUUCAUUCGGCCCCCCCACGGGAGGGAAGCGCGCUAGGCCGGGUGAGCGAGAACGAGAACGAGAACGAGAACCAGUAACAGAACCAGAACGAGAACCAGAACCAGUACCAGAACCAGAACGAGAACCAGAAGGUGAAAGACCGCCGAAGUUCGCCCGCAUUUCGCCCUCUUGUUCCUGUUUGAGCGACGCCGCUGCACCGGACUCCGAUCGAGCGUCGCGCGGGGGCGUGCUUGGGGUUCCGACCGGCCGCGACGGCGGCGGCAGUGACGGCAACCGUGGGCCACACGAAACGCCACAACAGCAGUCACGCCGGAACACCGCUAACCAAAACGGAAGAGGACAUGGCUCGUAUGGGCCCGUGGGCGGCGCGCGUGGGGGCGAGCGCUGCAGACUCGGUGGUGAUGUUGACGAUGGGCAGCGAGGAAGAAGCCCCGUGGAGGAAGAGAGUGGGGAGGAGCGCCCGUUUCCCGAUCCUGAGGGCGACUGCACGUUGCUGCGCCAGGUGGACGACUUCCUCCUGAUCUCUACGAGCAAGGCUAAGGCCGAGUCCUUCGUAAGAGUGAUGCACGACGAGGUCAAGACGGGAGACUGGGGCUUUAGUGUGCACCAAGCGAAGACACUGGUAAACUUCGACAUGGUCUUGGAGAGCAGAAUAGGAGGAGGCGGGCCAGGACGACAGCCCGUUCGGAGACAGGUACGACGGGUUGAAGGCGACAUGUUCCCCUGGUGCGGCGUGCGCUUCGACACCCGGACGUGCGAAGUCAUGGCCAACUACUCCAGGUACUCAAAGACCGGGGUGGCAGAGUCGUUGACGGUGGACUCGAGGCGCGCCGGCGCGUGCCUGGUGGGCAAGAUGAAGCGAUUCCUGUCGCCUAAGUGCCACGCCCUCAUGCUCGACGAGGGGGAGCACCUCGGGAUCAACUCUAGGAACACCGUGCUGCUCAACGUGUACGAGAUGCUGUUGGUGUGUGCGGCCAAAACGGCCACUUCCGCUCUCCGUUUGCCUCGUGGUCCUGCUGGCAACGCCUCCUUGCUGUCGAACGGUGCUCUCGAGACGACGGCUUACGCCUACAGCCUGAUCCAGAGCCGCUCCAACAGGCGCAAGGGGAGUUUCGGCACCUCCAGAGGGGUGCGGUGCGUCUGCAAGAUCCACCGUUUCGAGGUGACCUGGCUUGGCCUCCACGCCUUCAGGGAGGUGUUCGGCGCCUUCGCGAGGAAGGACCGCGGGUUCGCCCGCUGCAAGCUGGACGUGGAGAGAGCCCUCAGGGAAACUGCCGGUUUUUGGGGAGGAGGCUUCGACGGGUUCAGCAGAAAAAUGUGCAAGGGCAAGGAGGGUGCCGCCGCUGCGGGCUGGGAGGGGGGAGCGACCCCCGACACGCAGCAUGGGGUACGGCGCGGCAGGGCGUACGGCCGGCUUCGACGUGUCGUGCGCUCGCCGGACGCGCUGUCGUUGCUGCAAACGCUCACGUCGUAAGCGCGCGCGAAACAAAAGCAGGGCAGAACGAAUGUUUUCCAGGCGUCCCGCGGAGGCCGAAAAUAGGGGGUACUUAUCCGCAAGACAGAAGGGUUUUCUACGGUCGCGAGGUCUUCACUGUGGUGUUGAUUGCGGUGUAUAUGCAUCGGGGUUUGAACUCGACAGUUUUCUGAGUGGAUAGAGCGGGCCAGAAUACAGGUCUCAAGAGAGAUUGCGCACGCGGGUGAACCCAAGCGUGUUAUACUCUUGCAUUGUCUGUUGAAUCUUUUUUACCCUGUCAAAAGGGUUUUUAUUCUGGGCGCCGGUUAUCACCUUUCGGUAUAUUUUUCACGCACCAGGACCUUUUUUUUGUGUUUUGUCGGCCUUUCCUCCUGUGAUGCUUUAGGUUGGAAGUUUUUUUUUUGUGGCUGAACGAUUUAGCCUUCCCUUCCCUCCCCUGACGUGCGAACCUACAGCGCGGCA